AUGUGGAAAAACUUGAAAGACACGUAUCGAAGGAAAAACAAUCCAACUACGGGAUCUGCUUCGGGGCCGCAAUGGACGUACUUGCAGGCCAUGCGAUUUCUUGAAAGGAAUCAGCACGACGGCCCCACCCUAUCGAAUGUCGACGAGGAAGGCAAUUAUAGGAUGAGUCUGGAACUGGAGUCGAGUUCUGUGGCUAGUCAAAACGACACUCCCCCGUUGCAGUCUUCUGCACCUAAAAGAGGGAGAAGGGACAGUGAUGGUGGGUCAUUUACUACGGAG